GGACAAACUGACCCCAUGACCCAGCAUCGUCAGGGGUUUGUGUCCUAUGAAGAGCACACAGGACUCGCUUCCUAUAAAUCGUGUCCAUGCCCAGUGAUGGGCCACAGCAGCGCUCACCACAUCGCCGGCAACAUGUGGAAGGCCUUUCUCUGCUGCCUCUUCGUGGCAACAGUGGCUGCCGUUCCGGCUUGGGAGCCCAACAAGCAAUAUGUAUAUACCGUGGAGGGCCGUGCUCUUACGGGCCUACAUCAGCUGGCCAACCAAUACACUGGAAUCCUGGUCAAGGCAAAGCUAGCCAUUGAACCGAAGACCACCCAAGAACUCAGAGGGAAGCUCUUCGCCGCCCAGUUUGCUCACGUAAACAUGGUAAUGCCAGAAGGUUGCUGCCAAGACAUUGCUGAUGACUAUCCGAAGUGGCAGCCCCUCCCAUGGGACAAUAAGCCAUUCGAACUGAAACUGAAUAAUGGUUUGAUCCAAAACCUGACUGUCUCAGACUCUUCUAAUGAGUGGCAAACUAACAUGUUGAAAGGUAUCUUGAGUCCGCUCCAGGUGAACGUGCAAGGAAUGAACAUCAUCAGGGACAGGCAAAACAGCCUCCCUGUAGCCAAUUCCAGCAAUGCAGUGUUCAGAGCAAUGGAAGCCACAAUUACUGGGAAAUGUGAAGUCGUUUACGAUAUUUCCCCGCUCCCCAAAAUCGUGGUUCAGCAGCAGCCAGAACUGGCUCCUUUGAGUGACUUAGAAAAUGACAACAUCUUCGAUGUUACCAAGAACCUAAACUUUCUUAAUUGUAAGGAAAGAAGCGCUCUACAUUUUGGAUUUACUGGAUUAGAUGACUUUGAACCAGGCCAAAACAAGAUGGGAGAAUUUUUGUCUCAUUCUUCCUUUAACCGGGCUAUUAUCAGUGGCACCUUCAGCAAGUUCACAAUCCAAUCAUCAGUCACCAUCAACAAGGUACUUGUUAGUCCUGAAAUGUACAACAACCAACAGGGCAUUAUCGCCAGUCGGGUAAACCUCACCAUUGUCUCGAUAGAAGAACCAGAAAACAUCCCUGCCCCUGAGAACCCUCGAAAUGCUGGAGAUCUUGUGUACCGCUACAAGGCAUUUGCAGAUGAAACCCCACAGCGAACCAAAAGUGACAAGGCCUUCUACGUGGAUAGAGACAGUAGCAGUAGCAGUAGCAGUAGCAGUAGCAGCAGCGAAGAAAAUGCCCCAAACAGCAGCAGUAGCAGCAGCAGCAGCAGUAGCGAAGAGGAAACACGCAAACCCAGAAUGUCAGAACAUAUGAAGAGAAGUAGCAGUAAGUUUAGCAACAUGAAUGAAAACGAGAGACCAGCCUUUCACAUGAGUCGUCAGAAUGCAAGGUUUCGUCGAUCAGCGAAACGCCAAGUAACCUUUGCCGAGAACCAACAGAGCAGUGACAUCGGCCGUCGCAGCGUCAUUCCUGAGAGCAGUAGCAAAGAUGAAUUCCAAAUGAGACCACAGAAUGAAGAAGCCACAACUAUCCCCCUCCCACCUUUCCUUAUGGACCUCGAAUGGAGUGCUGUCAAUGAUCCAAGCCGUAUGAAUCCUGUCGAAAGUGUCAUCAAGCUUGCUUACCAAAUCAACUCAGAUAUGCAAAAUGCCAGUUCCAUCCCGGAACAGAAUACUUUGGCCAAAUUCAUCAUCAUGACACGGCUUGUUCGCAUUAUGAAUCGGGAAGAGCUGAGUGAGCUGACGAAGAAAUUAUUUGUUCCCGAGCCCGUGUUCCAGAACCUAUCAAGGACAAGCUUUAACAACGGAUGGGCAACAUGGAAAUCCUUCCGCGACGCCGUUGCUGAAGCCGGAACUCUGCCUGCCCUGUUAACAAUCAGCGAAUGGAUUCGUGACAACAAAAUAGCGGGAACCGAAGCUGUCGCUGUUAUCGCUGCUUUGCCUCGUGCAUCCCUGGUACCUACGCCAGAAUACCUCGACGCUUUCUUCGAACUGUCCACAGAUCCUAAGGUGAAGAAACAGAACAGUCUCAACAGUAUUGUAUUACUAUCCUUCUCCAAUCUACUCCGUCAAGUAGCGGUGGACCAUGUUUCUGCCCACGAUAACUACCCAGUGCAUAUCUGGGGCUGGAUGGUCCCUAAGAGAUUCCCACAAUUGACCAAGAACUAUAUUCCACAUUUGGGGCGCUUACUCAAUGAAGCCAUCAAUGAAGGUGAUAGCCGACAGAUUCAGGUCUCUAUUGGUGCACUUGGGAAUGUUGGUCAUCCCAGCAUUCUUCCAAUAUUUGAACCUUAUCUAGAAGGGACAAGGAACGCAUCGAAAUUCCAAAGAUUUCUCAUGGUGUCAGCGUUGGACAAUCUGGCGAGUGUGCAUUCGAAAGAAGCCGCGGCAGUUUUACUGAAGCUGUAUCAAAACACUGGUGAAAGUCACGAAAUAAGGUGUCUCGCAGUAAGUCUUUUAAUGAAGACAGAUCCUUCAGCAAGUAUGCUCCAGAGAAUGGCCGAAUUCACCAAUACUGAUCCGGACCCACAGGUCACCUCUAUGGUGCAGUCUGCCAUCUUGAGCGCUGCGAAGCUGCAGGAUCCACCCAACUGGCAGUUGGCGAACAACGCGAAAGCAGCAGUGAAUCUGUUGAAACCAAAUAUACCAGAUCUUUCAUUCUCGCAAACCUUCAUGAAGAGUAGGAUGGCUGAAGAUUUGGAUCUUGCUUACGAAGAAUUCAUUAGCUACAUUGGAAGCAGCGACAGCCUGUUCCCCAGUUCCCUGUUUGCAUCUGUAACUCGUAAUAUGGGUGGGAGCAGGAACGAGCACAGCAGUAUUGCAACAAUGUGGUCCAGUGUGAAAGAAGCGCUUAACUACUUCGAACAGAAAUUCGAAAACAACAGACGUCAAAAUAAGAAUCAAUCCAGCAGACGUGCUUCAUCUUGGCCGCAAUGGAACACUGACGAAUUGGAGAGUUUGUUGAAGAUCAUACGCGACAAAGCAGAACAAGUGGAAGGAAAUAUGCAAUUUCGAUUUGCAGGAGCACAGAAAUUCUUCCCGUUCGACAAGAAUUGGAUGGAUAGAAUUCCCAAGCUUGUGAAACAAUUCUCUCAACGAUUCAGUCAAUCCAACGCCUUCAACAAUGUUAAAUUAUACAACCCAGUAAGAUUGACUCUGGCCUUCCCCAACGCCCUGGGGCUUCCUUCCAUCUACACACUGGAAGCACCAUCUCUCCUGCAAUCUACUGGUGAAUUUCGGCUGCGCUCACAACCCGACUUAAGCAAAGGUUCAGACGACACUGUGCAAAUCCCUGAUUUUUUGAACGUUACCACUGACUUAAACCUUGUGUUCUCCAUGAAGAAGAUGAGCAAGAUUGGAUUUCUAGCUCCAUUCGAAAACGCGAGGUAUAUUGCCGGCUUGGAAAGAAACCUCCUAGUUAACAUUCCACUUAGGGCAUCAGUUAAUUUGGAUUUUGAGAACUAUCACGUGGAUGCGACUUUAGAACUGCUAGACAGCAGUCAGUACCACAAACUGCUGCAAUGGAACUCGCUGCCUUAUACUACCAGACACGAUAUCCUCACCAUGAACCCGGCCAGCCAAGACAGUAACGCUAAAGUCAUUCACGUACGCCCGUCCAAAUGGUUUAAUAAAACCGUCGGCCAGCAAACCACUGGAAUAGCGUUUACCAUUAUGGCACAGACAGAAGAAGAAUUUAUAGAUCUCCAGUGGCUUCUUCAGAGUCUUCAAUCCCACGAUGUAAAAUCUCGAGCUCACUAUUUCUGGGCCAGCAGAUCCAUCAAAUUCACCGACAUGAGCGUCAGCCACGAUCCUACCCUCAGCACAGCUAAAACCGUUAGAUUUACUGCAGCCUAUGACGACAAUACGGAAGCUGAUCCUCAGUAUGAAGCUUUCAUGGCCGAUUUUGUCGAAUACGACGAAGAUGAGACCAAUGGGAAACCAAAGAAGAAACAGUGGAACCGAUCUAUGUAUGCUCCAAGACAGAUCCUCUGGAAUGAGGACGAUAACUACAAUCCUGCAAACCCAAGCUCAACCAAAUCUCCGGACAGCUACAUCCGUCGACAAGAAUUUCUUGCCAAGGUUUCUGCUGUGGCAGCAAGCGCUUCUGCUGCUGUUCUCGAUGUGUCGGUCCAAUUCGAGGGCGAGACUGAAGCAGUAUUUACAGCGACUGCAGCUAAGGCUUCAUCUCUGUUCGACGGCAGUUCGAGCUCACUCCUCUUCAUCAGUGCAAAACCCGCACAACUCUCAAGUGACAGUCAGAGGUUCCAGACUUUCCUCUCCGCGAAUGUCUCGAUGCCACAAGUACCAAGCAUGGACUUGCUCGAAGCCUUGGAAUUCAACCCCAACUCUUCUAUGACCGCUCGACUGGACAUGAACAACGGCACAAACACUCAGUGGACGGUAAUUCUGAAGGGAAACAUGGAACAAUCUCUUGAGUUUAGACAGGCUGUUGCUCAGAGUCCUCUAGCCCAGGAAUGCCAAUAUCAAAUGAAUCAUCUUGGGAACAACCUUCUCAGUGCCUGCCGUAAUGCCAUUGAAACUGCCAGCAGACUCGACGACCAUACCUUCACGCUGAAAUACAAGAACAUACCCACUCCUGUUUUACGAAAAAUAUACAGUGUAUAUACCGUGAUACGGCACCUUCUGUAUCCUUACUUCUCUGAAAAUGUCCUCCCAUGGAAUCCACCACAAAAUGAAGUUCAAAUUAACGUAAAAAUGAAUGAAAAUAGUAAUGCCCUGAGUGUGAACAUGAGAGCACCGAUAAUGGAUGUACAGUUCACCGAUAUUCGCCUGAGCCCACUGGAAUCUUCACUAUUUCGGCUGAAUCCAAAUACCAAAGCUCUCGAAAGAGUUAGAAAGCAGUUCUCACCACUAUUUUCACAACCGAGCUGUGUUGUUGAUGGCACUGCUGCUGUCACAUUCAACAACAGGACGUAUCCACUCAAUCUUGGCAAAUGCUGGCACGUCAUGAUGAUGGACGUACCAAAGGAACCAGCUUUCCGCACUGAGAGCCAGCGGCCGCAAAGCAGCAAUCUAGCUGUGCUUGUACGCAAUAACAAUUUCGGACUGAAGAAGGAUGUACAGGUGAUUCUCGGGAACAAUAUGAUUGAACUGAGCCCGCAGUCAUCAGAUUUGUCUAAGUUCGUGCAGGUUUCUGUGAAUGAUCGUCCUCUCAGACUCUGGCCCAACAAAAAUACGAAUGUGUAUGCCGAAGGAAUGCUAAUUGCACAAGCAUUUAGAAUGCAAAACGGCGGCGUACAACUCAACUUGCCGUACUACUAUUUGAAGCUCGCCUAUGACAGUGAGAGAGUUCUGCUGCAGGCUAGUAACAAGUACCGCGAUGAAGUCCGGGGAUUGUGUGGAGCAUUCAACGGAGACCCCUUCUCAGAUUUCAAAACACCACAGAACUGCAUUGUUAAGAACCCGUCUGCCUUCGCAGCUACAUACGCAAUCACCGAUGAAACAUGCGAUGAACCAACCCAGGUGCUGAAGAAAAACAGUCGUCUGGAACCAUGUGUUCAAAACAAGGUCUAUUUUAUCGACGUGAUCAGUCAACAGAAAUCAAUGAAUGCUAACAAGAGGGGGUUCGAAAUGUUUAAUUCUGCCAAUGAUUCAUCGUCCUCGUCAUCAUCAUCGUCGUCGUCGUCUGAAUCAGAAUCCCGUUCUGAGUCUGGUUCCAACUCCAGUUCCAGUUCAAGUUCCAGCUCUGAAUCUGACGAAACAGCGAAAUCUUCCAAAAAGCCGGCAAACCCCAGUGUUCCGGCCAGUUGCACAUCACACAGGACCAAGGUGGUGGCUGAGGGACACGAGAUCUGCUUCAGCAUGAGGCCCCUGCCGGAGUGCUCUUCACGAUGCCGUCCCGCGGAUAAACAGAAGAAGGCUAUAAAAUUCCACUGUCUUGUCAAGGGACCUACAGCCCAGCACUGGCAAAAAAUGGUGAAGAAAGGUGUCAACCCCGACUUCAGCAAGAAGGCAGCACAUAAGGAGAUUUCUGUCAGUAUACCUACAAGUUGUCUCAUCGAUUGAGAAACAUGACCUUGCACGAUAAAUGGAAUACGAUUUUUUACUGGCCUAGCUUAUAAUAAUUGAUCUGUUAUGUGUGUUGAGCGUCUUAAAUUACAGCAAUGAGCAAAGAAAAAAGCACAAAAACAUAUGUAUUAUUUAUGAAGAAUAUAUGAAUUGCAAAUGAA